AUGUUCGGCAACAACAACAUCAAUCUCCAGAACACCUCCCCAGGAAAUACGCGCUGUACUUUGGACCGACCGGACCAGGGACAAGGUUAUGUCAACGACUAUCGUGAGGCUUUGGCAGCGGGGUAUCAAGAGUACCUCACCACACUUUCACAGUGGCUUCAGAGUCUGGGAGUCAAGGGACUUUCAUCCCAGCCAUCUUACAACCUACCCAUGGACAUGGAGGCUUCGAUCCCAUUUGUCGACGCUCCGGAGUGUGAAAGCCUUCAGGGGCACGACAACAUCGAUGGGUAUCGGCAAUUCUCUGGUCCAGCAAACCUCGCGCGGAAAGAGAUCAUCUCCAUCGAACUUGGCGCGGUUUUCGGAAGAGCGUAUAGCUACACUAUCCCAGAACUUCUCUUUGCCGCAAACCGAGCUGCUGCAGGCGGUUGGUCUUACACGUACUUGUCACCGGAAAACUUUGAAAUGCGUAAUGCAUAUGUUGAACACGGUAUCCUUGCACCCCAAGACGCAGCAUAUCAAGCCAUGGUCAUUCUAGGAUCCCAGAACUUGACACAGCUCUCAAUCUCUAAGCUGGAGAGCUUCGUGGAAGCUGGGUUGCCUGUCAUCGUGGUCGGCUCAGUUCCCGGGCUGUACCCUUCAGAGACGCAUGUCACCAGUCAUACUUCUUCAAACAGUGUGUUGAUGAAGCUUAUGAACAACACGAACGUAUAUCAUGUUGCAGAGGGCGAGAUCUCUCAGAAGCUGAACGACUUGAAUCUCAAGCCGCGAGUUGGGGUGAGAACCAACGGCACGUGGUAUUCCACGUGGAGAGAAGACAAGGAAAGUGGCAUGGCCUACGCGUACAUAUUUGGCGAUGUAGUCGCAGCGACUGGAGAGGUGGUAGUCCAGUCAAAGGGAAUUCCCUACUUCUUCGAUCUCUGGACGGGAGCGCGAUAUCCGGUUCUCAACUACCAGACCAACGGAUCUACAACAACUAUUCCACUUGAACUCGCAGGAAAUCAAACACAGAUUAUCGCGUUCGCUUCUAAAGCAAUGCGAGGCACUACGACUCCAGCCAUUCAUGCUACAGAGUUUUCAUCGAACAUUGUCGGCUACGCCCCACGGGAUGAUGGGUUUGAAAUGCAUAUUGCUGCGUCUUCAGAUCCAGCAGUCGUUAGAUUGUCGACCGGCACCGAAACCACGCAUGCCAGCCAAGCCCCCGAAUCCUUCGAUUUGGGACUGUGGACCCUGGUUCUUGAGCAUUGGGAAGCUCCAGAAAACUUCAGCGAUGCAAGCAUCACAGCUGUCAAGAGUAAUACGACUCACCAAAUCGACAAGCUAGUCUCAUGGAGUGAUAUUCCCUCCGCAACGAACACAUCUGGAGUUGGCUACUACCACACAAACUUCACCUGGCCGCCGGCGUUGACUACCGCCAGCGCCAACGGCACGGCUUUUGGUGCCUAUAUCAAGUUCCCUCCUGUGUUGGAUGCAAUCACGGUUCAUGUCAAUGGCGCCAGAUUGCCUCCUCUGGACUUGACCAACCCUAUUGCUGAUGCCACGCCGUACCUGGUGAAAGGAAACAACCAGGUCCUCGCCGUUGUCCCGGGUACGAUGUGGAACUACCUUCGCAGUAUUUUACCUGGGAUUAGGAGCUCUGGCCGGGAGUUUUCGUCAAUGACAGCUCUACCCAAGACCGACAAUGGAUUGGUUGGUAUCGUCACGGUUGUUCCUUUUGAGAUCUUCCAUCUGAAAGCUCAGGACAGCCAGAGAAAUUGA